CAAGAGAGAGAUCUUGGAGUCAUUGUGGAUGGUUCUCUGAAAAAAUCCACUUAACGUGCAGUGGCAGUCAAAGAAACAAACUUUGCUUCCUGUUCUUUUCCACAACAUUUAAGUUACUGGGGCUUUCAAAAGCAUGUCAGUUACAGUUUAACUUUGUUAAUAAAAACUUUAACUGCUAGGCAGUUGUUUUAAGAAAUGAGAAAGAUCUGCUUACAUUAUCUCUGUACUAAUGUUUGGAUCACUCUAGUUGUCUAACAUUUGUGUAUAUUAUAUGUAUUAUUGAAUUUUUGGAUAACAUGCUUUUUAUAGGUCUUAUGACUAUAUAAUCAAAUUGUUUUGAUAAAUUAGGAGAAUUUAUAUUUUAACCAGAAAAUUUAAGGUGGCUGUGAUAGUGUUCCUCCCAUGCUAUAUAAAAUUGUCUUACAUAUACAUAUGAGCAUAAUCCAAAGAUGUUUUGACAAAAAGCCUCAUGUAACCUGUCAAUUUUAAUGUCACAAUCUGCUGGAUCUGUGUAUCUGAUUUUGGUGUAUGGGUCAUUCUUGAGUGUAAAGUUAGAAAUAUGGGUAUUGGAUGGUUUAUGGUUUUAAAUGUGCAAAUGAAAGCCAUCAAGGGUGUUUCCAGUGCUCUGACAACCUUAAUUAUUGGGUGAUCAGCUUAAUGACUUGUAAACAGCAUUGUUUUGUCUCUUAAGUUUGAGCAGUGGUUGGUCCUGGAAAGACGUCACCAAACCAAUACCGUAACAGCAGUUCUUUUGUUCCACGAUCAAUGUGACGGUUUUGAACACCUCAGUAGCUUACGAAAUGAUCCAGAGUGGAGGAAAAUAUGAUUUCUAUAUUGGUCUUGUACUGGCUAUGAGCUCCAGCAUUUUCAUUGGAGGGAGUUUCAUCCUUAAAAAGAAAGGUCUUCUCCGACUGGCCAGGAAGGGCUCAAUGAGAGCAGGUCAAGGUGGUCAUGCAUAUCUUAAAGAGUGGCUGUGGUGGGCUGGACUUCUGUCAAUGGGAGCUGGCGAAGUAGCUAACUUUGCUGCUUAUGCAUUUGCACCAGCUACUUUAGUGACUCCAUUAGGAGCUCUCAGUGUUCUUGUAAGUGCUAUUCUUUCAUCCUAUUUUUUAAAUGAAAAACUUAAUCUGCAUGGAAAAAUUGGUUGUUUGUUAAGUGUAUUGGGUUCAACUGUGAUGGUCAUUCAUGCACCACAAGAAGAGGAAGUAGAAACUUUGAAUGAAAUGUCCCACAAGCUAGGAGAUCCAGGUUUUGUGGUUUUUGCAACACUUGUCGUCAUUGUGUCCUUAAUACUGAUAUUUGUGGUAGGACCUCGCCACGGACAGACCAACAUUCUUGUGUACAUAACAAUCUGCUCUGUAAUUGGAGCGUUGUCAGUCUCCUGUGUGAAAGGCUUGGGCAUCACUAUAAAGGAACUUUUUUCAGGAAAGCCUGUGCUAAAACAUCCUUUGUCCUGGAUUUUGCUGCUAAGCCUUAUAGUCUGUGUGAGCACACAGAUCAACUAUUUAAACAGAGCUCUGGAUAUAUUCAACACUUCUAUAGUGACUCCGAUUUAUUAUGUGUUCUUUACAACAUCUGUUUUAACUUGUUCUGCUAUCCUUUUCAAGGAGUGGCAACACAUGUCUGCUGCUGACAUUAUUGGCACCUUCAGUGGUUUUCUUACGAUCAUUGUGGGGAUCUUUUUAUUGCAUGCCUUUAAAGAUGUCAGUUUCACUCUAGCAAAUCUGCCUGUCUCCUUGCGGAAAGAUGACAGAGCAGUGAAUGGCACUCUGCCAGCCACAUAUGAAUGCUUUAAUCAUAAUGAAGAAAGCUCAACCUGUAUAAGUGAAAUACAAUCCAGUGAGAGUGUUUCCUCCAGGAGAAAUGGAAAUCUGGCAGCUUUCUGACAAUGUAUUAAGAACAAUUCUGUAACUUCUUUUGCUGUAAAAUGUUUGAGGUUUUCUGGAAGCAGAUGGUGUACUUUAAAAAAUGUACAGACAAUCCUUAAUUUUUAGGUUUGAUUAAUUUGGACCAAGAAUAGUGAUGGAGUUUCAAUUUGCCUUAUAUUUACUUUAAAAGACACACUGAAAUGACCUCAGUACAUGUUUUUGUUGCUCUUGAGUUGCCUGUGUAAACUUGUAAAUAUUUUUAAUUUGGAUUUUCCAUUUUAAAAACUUAUUGCACUAAUGAUGAUUUUAACUAUAUAAAAAUAAAGUGCUCUAAUUUUG